UCUCUCUUUCUUAAAGCCUUACAUUCUUCAGCACCACACACCUACUAAGCAUAUUUAUCCAUUUUUGACAUACAUCACACUUUGCCCUUUCCAGCACUAAAAAAGAAUAGUUUUGUUUUUCUCUCCUAUUUUCUUUAUUCCUCAUGUAAAUACACUCUUUCACAGAUCCUGAUGAAAUUUAUCAAAUUAAAGCAUAGAUGAAUACAAGAAUUAGUAGUAAUUCCAAGAAACCACCUCACAAUGGGACCAAGCCAGACAAAUUAGGCAGAAAGCUGGCCUUAUUACAAGAUGUUGAGAAUCUGAAGAAGAAGCUGAGGCAUGAAGAGAAUGUGCACAGAGCUUUGCAGAGAGCAUUUCAUAGGCCUUUGGGUGCUCUCCCUCGUCUUCCUCCUUAUCUCCCUCAAUAUACUCUGGAGCUUGUAGCAGAAGUUGCAGUGUUGGAAGAGGAGGUUGUUAGGCUUGAAGAGAAGGUUGUCAACUUCAGACAAGAAGCUGCUCACAUAUCCUCCUCAACAACACCUUGUCAUGAACAUGAUUCAGCCUCUAAACACAAGCAUUCAAGGGCUUCCUCCCAGAGUGAAUUCGACUCGGGAUCAUCCCUUUCUAGGAUCGCUUCGUCUAGAAAGUUCAUGUCUUUGGAGAGUUCAUCGAAACCGCCUCAAAAUGAUCGAGCUCUAGCAUUCGACACUGAAAGGAAUAGUACUAGCAAAUCACUUCCGGUGAAGAAGCAUUGUAGUACUGAGGGAGGCGGGGACGUGGAGAGCGAGGCGAAUAGGACGUCGCAGGAUGUGUUGAACUGCCUGAUCAGCAUCUUUGUGAGAAUGAGUUCCUCGAGAAGGAAGACGAUGGAUCUCUCCUCGUUGGCCUGCAGCAAGGAAUCCACCUUCCGGGAUCCUUACUUCAACUCUAACGAGUUGAAGAAGCGGGACGUUGGCGCCUACAAACAUCUUUAUGAGAUAGAAGCCCGCCAAGUGGAUCAGAAAUACAGAGCGAACGCUGCGUUUCUGAUCCGCAGGCUUAGGAUUCUAUUAGACAAGCUAGCAUCUCUGAAGUUGGAUGGCUUAAGCCAUCAUCAAAAACUAGCAUUCUGGAUUAACAUCUAUAAUUCUUGUGUUAUGAAUGGAUUCUUGCAGGAAGGAAUACCCGAGAGUCCUGAAACGACCGUGGUACAAAUGCAAAAGGCAACGAUAAGGGUAGGGGGGUUCGUGCUAAACGCACUCACAAUCGAGCACCUUAUCUUGAGACUUCCAUAUCACUUAAAUUAUACGUGCACAAAGUCGACCAGGAACGAUGAGAAGGAUAUCUGCAGGACGCUCGGUUUGGAGUGGUCGGAACCAUUAGUCACAUUUGCCCUCUCCUCCGGUAGUUGGUCCUGCCCUGCGUUGAGGGUGUACACGGCUUCUCAAAUCGAGAGCGAGUUGGAGGCAGCGAAGAAGGCUUACCUACAAGCAGCAGUAGGCAUAUCAGCAGCAUCGAACAAGCUGGUAGUUCCGAAGCUACUAGAGUGGUAUCUUCUCGACUUUGCAAAGGAGAUGGACGCGUUGCUCGACUGGAUCUGCUUGCAGCUCCCGGACGAGCUCAGGAACGAAGCAGUCCAAUGCCUCGGGAGCAAGGAUAAAGGGCCUGUGUCGGAGCUGGUUGAGGUGAAACCAUACAAUUUUAGUUUCAGAUACCUUGUACAUCGAUGACAUUGUGGAGUUUCCUAACAAUCAGCACGGGGAAUAGUCACUGGGCCCGCCGGUAGAUACCCUUGGUAAUUAAAAAAAAAGAAUACAUGACAGUAUACUAGAUCAAAGAGAAUAAUUCUUCUACAUUACAACAAUAAACCAGAACCUAUUUUAUUGUUUAAAACUGUUUUGUAUACUUGCGUUAUGUCAUGCAAAUUUAUUUGUAUCA